AGUUUGGAGCACCCUGGAGCUUCCAAGCCUCCGCUAAGCUCCUCCAAUAUGACAUCACGGAUUUUGCUACGACAGCAGCUCAUGCGUGAGCAAAUGCAGGAACAAGAACGCCGAGAGCAGCGACAGAAGCAGCAGGCAGCUCAGUUCAUGCAGCAGAGAGGGGCUGUGAGUCAGACACCUGCCAUCAACGUCAGCCUCCCCUCCAGCCACCCUCCUGCGACUCAGGUGCCAAUGGAAGUCCUGAAGGUGCAGACUCACUUGGAAAACCCCACCAAGUAUCACAUCCAACAAGCUCAACGGCAACAGGUCAAACAAUACCUCUCAACUACGUUAGCAAACAAGCACAACAAUCAGGCAUUAAGCUUACCUUGCCCAAAUCAGCCCGUUGACCACGUUAUGCCACCGGGCACUGGAAGCAGUGCACCCAACAGUCCUAUGGCCAUGCUUACAUUGAACUCCAACUGUGAAAAAGAGGGCUUUUAUAAAUUUGAAGAACAAAGCAACAGAGCCGAAAAUGAAUGCCAGUCUCUGAAUACACAUUCUCGAGUGUCAUGUAUGCAGAUGGAUGAUGUAAUUGACGACAUAAUCAGUUUGGAAUCAAGUUAUAAUGAAGAAAUCUUUGGUUUGAUGGAUCCUGCUCUACAAAUUGCAAAUACGUUACCUGUCUCUGGCAAUCUAGUGGACUUGUAUGGGAAUCAAGGUUUGCCUCCUCCAGGAAUUAACAUAAGCAAUUCCUGUCCUGCUAACCUUCCUAAUAUAAAAAGGGAACUGACAGCAUGUGUAUUUCCCACAGAAUCAGAGGCAAGAGCUUUGGCCAAAGAGAGACAAAAGAAAGACAAUCACAAUUUAAUUGAAAGAAGACGACGAUUCAAUAUUAAUGAUCGCAUAAAAGAACUUGGUACUCUGAUACCGAAGUCAAAUGAUCCAGACAUGCGUUGGAACAAGGGAACUAUUUUAAAAGCCUCUGUGGACUAUAUCCGCAAACUGCAAAGAGAACAGCAACGGACGAAAGAGCUAGAGAACAGACAAAAGAAAUUGGAACAUGCCAAUAGACAUCUUUUGCUUAGAAUACAGGAGCUUGAAAUGCAGGCUCGAGCUCACGGACUUUCCAUCCUCCCAACUACGGGCCUUUGCUCUCCAGAAAUAGUAAACCGGCUGAUCAAACAAGAGCCCGUCCUUGACAACUGCAGCCAGGAAAUCCUACAGCAGCAUCACCCUGAGCUUUCUUCCACGACCACUCUUGACCUCACCGAUGGCACCAUCACUUUCAACGGCAGCCUGGCAAACAUGACAGAAUCGGCCACAAGCACUUAUGCUGUCCCUCCCAAAAUGGGAUCUAAACUGGAAGAUAUGUUGAUGGAUGAUACUCUGUCUCCUGUUGGGGUUACUGAUCCACUCUUAACGUCGGUCUCUCCUGGGGCUUCAAAUACAAGUAGCCGGCGGAGCAGCGUAAGCAUGGAAGAUACUGACCAUGCUUGUUAGUGGAUAUCCUUAGACAGGCCUCUCACAAACUUCUUCAU